GCAACAACCACAAUUACGUCAAACCAUUCAACCACAAGCAGUGUAUACACCUCAGAACAUGCUUGGAUUUCAACAAGGAAACAAUCAAGGUACUCCACUUCAGUUUCAAAAUAGAGGACUAUACCAAAAUAAUGGCAAUGUAAUGGCCAAUACUCCUCAAGCAAUCUUGCUUCAACAGCAGCAGCAACAACAACAACAACAGCAGCAGCAGCAAGAACAAGCAGCAUUAGCUUUGAACAGAGGUUAGUUUCAGAGAAAAAAAAAAAAAAAUAGAAGAUGCUUAUAUUUUCUAAAGCCAAGCAAUCACCAAGUCAAUCUCCAGCAUUAAACAGUACGCAUUUUCCAGGAACGAAUACUGGAUCUCCCGUAAUAAACAACAAUUCCCAAAUGGCUGGAGCAAGAUUAGGAUCUGAAUAUACAGGUUCACCAAUGGGACCCAUGAUUGGAUCGCCAAGACAAAAUUUCCAACAGGGUAAUGGCAUCUCACCAUCGCCGCAAAUGGCGCGUGUCAUUCCUUCCCAGGCAGCAAACAGAUAUAUGCAACAACUGAACGCUCAGCAGCAACAGGCAAUGUUACAGCAAGGCAUGUCACCAGCUAUGAGUAAUUCCCCCAUGUCCUUUACACCUGCACAGGAAAUGGAUAACCAAGCACCCAAAGCUUACAAUGCUAUACCAAGCUAUAUGCAACAAAUACCAAUGCAAACUCAUGCUUCGCCUGUACCUCGACAUGCACCCACGCCCGGAAGCACUCGAUCAACACCUCGACAGCAGCAUCAGCAACUUGAAGGGACAAGCACUCCACAAAUGAGUCCUGCCAGACAGACUUCUAUGAGGCAAUCUUCGGUAGAUACACCUAUUGGUACAACUGCAACGCCCUCUCCAAAGGCUUCUCCUAGUCACUCUGAUUCAGCAUCCAUUGGACAAAGCAUAAUAGCUGAAAAAGAAGCCUCGCAGCCACCUCAACAUAAUCAACAGUUACAGGAGCAACAGACACGGCAGCAAAUACCUAAUCAACAACCUUCCACUCCACAGCAAGCACAGACUAGCACCGCUUCCCAAGGAUCUCCAGUACAGGCAACAUAUAUACCAAAGACGCGCAACGUUGAAACGUAUGGUGGUAUCGAUCUAAAGUACUUUGAUAAAUUUGAAAUUAAACCACCUGUGCCACAUCUUGGAGAACUUGGUGUUAUUGAUAUCCAGGCAUUGACUUUAUCCCUUAAAUCUGGGAUGAAAAUGGAAGUGACAAAUGCUCUGAACAUACUAACCGUGUUGACCGUUCAACCAAACAUACAACAGCAGCAGGCUCCUAAUCUUCCACUCGCACAGUGUGAUGAUCUUUUGGACACUCUAUUGGAUUACUUGGAGCAAGAUAUCUUGGGUACAUACAAACGCUUUCAGUUAGAUGAUGACGAUGGCCCCAAUGAAACUGUGGACGAAACAAAGAAAGGACAGAUAUUGAACGAACUUACAUACGCUGAUCUGUUUGAUAUGUCCUUGGAUGAAAUGAAGAGUUUGAUUCCUCAGUUAGAAGACAGUACUUCGGACGUAUGGAUAUCCUUACGGGAAAGAUGUUUAUGUAUCUUCAACAUCUUGAGAAAUCUAUCGUUUAUGAAUGAUAAUAUUGAGUACUUGGCAAGGCAUCGUCGAUUUUCCGAAUUGAUGAUUGAUAUCAUCGAGAAGACAACACAAAUCAAAUCAAUAGACGGGCGGGACACAUUGGGAAAGGAAGCAUGGUUCUCUGGUGUUCGCCGAAUGGACACGCUGGAUUUUCGCAAAAGUAUACUCAUCAUCUUUUCAAACAUUGCUACGUUUGUUAGUCUUAGUGAAACAAGGCUAGCUGCUACUUUUGUUCGACUGAUUCAUGAUUUCUUGAUCCACGGUCCUGAUACAUAUUAUGCUCUCUUAUCAAUUGAGACAUGGUCUAAAUUCUCUGUAAACUAUAGCAACCGCCAGCUGUUGCAUACUCUUUAUACUUCAAAUUCCGAAAUAGCUCGAUUAAUAGAAGAUAUCUGGUUGGAGUUAACCUCUGUGAUCCUUCGAGAAUACUUUUCAUCAGAUGGAAGAGUGAUGCAUGCAAUGACAUCAAAUCAGCUUGCUUCAUUGGAACUGGCCGUGAUUGCACUAUACAACAUUUUGAUUAUCGUGGAAAACAACACUCUAAAACAGGAGCUUGCACUACGUAAUAAGAAUUUGGGAAUGAUGCUAUUCAGAUUAUGCAUGACUUUAGCAGAGUCAGGAAACCCACAAUUUGGACUUGUUACAAAACGAGGCAUGGAGAUAUUACGUUCUAUAAUAUGUGGUGGUGAUGGUUCACGAAAACGACCAUUAAGUCAGCAACAACAGCAACAGCAACAGCAACAGCAACAGACGCAGCCGAUGCAGCUGAUGCAACCAAAUCCAUCUUUAGAUAUAUUAUCACCGUAUAAGCCUGAAGCAAACAAGAAAGAAGAAUCUCAGCACUCUCUAUCAGAAAUUGCCAGCCGUAUACUAGAUAUGCCUGCUGUUCGUGAAAGGCUAAUGAUCUCAAUGCUAAAACCAACGACUGAUCCAGAAAUUCUUCGAGACCUGUCUGAAAUUGUUACAAUGAUAGACGAUGAAAACACUGUAUAAAAUCCUCAUUUUUUACCCCCUUUUUAUAAUUACACAUCCAUUUCAAUUCUAUAACAUUCUCUUGUCAUUACAUUUGCUUCCUUUAUUCCUUUUUUAUGUAAUCCUUUUUUUAAUAACGGGCUAU